AUGGGUUUGCCGGGCUGUUCAAAGGUUUCCAGGAUAUCUGGACUACUCCUUCGCGGCUGCUUUCUCUAUGGAACCAUUUUCGGAGUGAUUACCUUUAGAAUUCAGAAAAAGGACUCUCAUUUGCUGGCUAGCAAUCGUAGAAAUUACUUAUGGAUCUGCUUAGCUAUCAGAAUUCUAUGCAGUUCUUGUUAUGGAUAUAGUUAUUUUAUAUGGUUGGGCCAAUACAAAGAUUUUUAUCUAAGAGCCUUCUUUGCCCUUCGACUUUUUGGAUGUCUGAUCUGCAGUCUUAUUAUCCUGGUGAUGCAGUUUUGGUUUGGCAAGGAGCUGCUGCUUUUGGUCAACCGAUUUCUAGAACUCUUUCGGAGAUUAAGAAACCUGACUAAUUCCCCUGAAAAGAGAUUUGGUGACAAGAAUGAGUUGCUUUUGAUGGGGUUUAAAGUGGCAUCCCUACUUUUUGUAUUCUUGGCCUUUCGAUUGAGAUAUACGCCUUGGGUCUUGCUUACUAUAUUCUGUGAUUUCUAUACCUCCAUUGGCACUGGAAUGAUUAUGCAUCUGUGUUUUGUGGGCUACCUCAGCAUUGGUGUCCUUUACAAGGACUUGAAUAACUAUGUGGACUGCCAGUUGAGAGCACAAUUGAGUUCGCUAGAUGAAAAUCUGGCAAAUCAACAGCCCACUCGAGAAGCCAUCUCCAAUUUGGAUAAAUGUCUAUCACUAUAUGAGGAAAUCCAUCAGGUAACCAGGAUAUUUCAGCGACUUUUCAAUGUGCCACUUUUCCUCACCUUGGCUCAGAGUCUUUUGGCCAUGGCUAUGGUUUCCUACCAUGCUAUUUUGAGGAGACAGUACAUCUUUAAUCUUUGGGGUUUGGUUAUCAAACUUCUAAUAGAUGUGGUUCUGCUGACCAUGUCUGUGCAUUCAGCUAUUAGUGGCUCUCGUUUGGUGAAACGUUUAAGUCUGGAGAACUACUAUGUGACUGAGAGAAAGGAUCAUCAUCAGAAGUUAGAGCUCUUCCUGGGACGCCUGCACCACCAGGAGCUGCGAGUGUGUCCUUUGGGUCUUUUUGAGGUCUCCAACGAGCUGACUUUGUUCUUUAUCUCUGCCAUGGCCACCUAUCUGACCUUUCUGGUACAGUACGGCAUGCAGUCGCAGCAAAUUUGAUUCAACGUCACGCAUUGCUUGCGGCUUUGCACCCUCCCCAAAAGCCUUGCUACACCUGUCCC